AUGCAUAUCACCACUCUCGCUUUUGCCGCCACCUUGGGCUUGGCUGUUGCCCACGGUACCCACGGGGGUGAUGAGUUGCCCGUCCCAAACAUCAUGGCUGGAAGACGGGCAUUGCAGGAUUUCACUGCAGCUCGCCGGGCGGUUCAGCGCCGUGCUGAUCAUGUUGAGCCGGUACCUGAGGCCUCAGAGUUGGAGAAGCGCCAGUCUGUCGGCCGCUGCGGCCCUGAUUAUGACAACCAGGUCUGCGACAAUGGCUAUUGUUGUUCGAGUGCUGGGUGGUGUGGUCAAGGCUAUCUAUACUGCUCGGCUCCCUCCUGUAUGAUCGAGUAUGGUCCGGCAUGCGAUGCCAACAUCCGCCCCGAUGGACCAGACACGACGAAUGUUCCCCGUACCAAGAUUGGCUCUGUCCCUUAUGGUCAGGCCAUCUACCACUGCGAGCACUAUGGUGAUAUCGCUUUGACUUUCGACGACGGCCCUUAUAUCUACACCGAGGAUCUGCUGAACAAGCUGAAGGCGUACAACGCCAAGGCAACCUUCUACAUUACCGGUAACAACCUGGGCAAGGGCAAGAUAAAUGACCCAACCACCAACUGGCCUGCUCUUAUCAGGCGCAUGAUUGCCGAGGGCCACCAGGUUGCCAGCCACACCUGGUCUCACCAGAGGCUCACUACAGUGAGCGCCGCGAAGUUUCGCAACCAGAUGAUUUACAACGAGAUCGCCUUUGCCGACCUGCUGGGUUACUUCCCUACGUACAUGAGACCCCCUUAUUCGGCCUGUGAUGCUACCUGCGAGGGCUACCUCAAUGACUUGGGUUAUCACAUCACCUACUUCAACCUCGAUACCGAGGGCUAUCUCCACGAUAGCGCCGACCUCAUUCAAGACUCCAAAGACAUUUGGGAUGACAGCGUUGAGGGCAAGGACAGCGCUACCACCAAGUGGCUUCAAAUCGAGCACGACCCCGUCUAUCAGACCGUCUACAACCUGACAGACCACAUGCUCGAGUCCCUCUUCCGCAACGGCUUCAAGUCCGUGACCGUCGGUGACUGCCUCAACGACCCCCAAGAGAACUGGUACCGCUCCGUCGGUGACGCCCCGCCGUCCAGCAGCACCACCACCCCCGUGGCCACAGGGACUGCCACUUCUUCGAGCAUUGCAACCCCUACCGGUAGUCUCCCUGCUUCCACUGACGGCCGCUGCGGUGCCAAUUUUGGUAGCACGACGUGCUUCACCGAGCCCGGUGCCACCUGCUGCUCCGCCGCUGGCUGGUGUGGGAACACGGCCGACCACUGCGGCGCGGCAUGCCAGCCUCUCUACGGAAACUGCCAGAUAUCCGGAGCAUCGAGUUCACCUGUUCCCGUCAGUUUCGAGGCGUCGUCGUCGUCGUCGUCUGCAACCACUGCUACCGUCCCCACGCCGUCCGGGACCAGCUCCGCGGCCGGCACUACUGGCACGGCGACUCCGCCUCUGAGCACCAACGGCCGCUGCGGCACCACCCAGGGCGGCACCACCUGCAUCAGUGAACCCGGCGCGACGUGCUGUUCGCAGUAUGGCUGGUGCGGUGCCACGACAGAUCACUGCGGUAGUGGUUGCCAGGCUGGUUUCGGUACUUGCGGCGCAUCGAACUGA